AUGUUCUCCAGAACGGCUCAACCUGCUCGGACCCUGCUUCGCGCCUCCGCAGCCCCCUCUCUGGCUCGCUCCAUUCCCGCCAGAUCCUUCGCCAGUGUUCAGUCGGACAUUUUCAAGCCCACCAAGUAUGGCGGCAAGUACACCGUGACUCUCAUUCCCGGUGACGGAAUUGGUGCCGAGGUCGCUGAAUCGGUCAAGACCAUCUUCAAGGCCGAUAACGUGCCCAUCGAGUGGGAGCAGGUCGAUGUUAGCGGUGUCGACACCGGCAACAAGCACUCUGAGGAGCUCUUCAAGGAGUCCCUCGCAUCUCUCAAGCGCAACAAGCUCGGCCUGAAGGGAAUCCUUCACACUCCCGUCGAGCGAUCGGGCCACCAGUCCUUCAACGUCGCCCUCCGUCAGGAGCUGGACAUCUACGCCUCCAUCUCUUUGAUCAAGAACAUCCCCGGUUACCAGACUCGCCACAAGGAUGUCGACCUCUGCAUCAUUCGUGAGAACACCGAAGGAGAGUACUCCGGGCUCGAGCACCAGUCCGUUCAGGGUGUCGUCGAGUCCCUGAAGAUCAUCACCCGUGCCAAGUCCGAGCGCAUCGCCAAGUUCGCUUUCAGCUUCGCUCUUGCCAACAACCGCAAGAAGGUUACCUGUAUCCACAAGGCUAACAUCAUGAAGCUGGCCGACGGUCUCUUCCGCAGCACAUUCCACAAGGUCGCCGAGAACUACCCCACCCUGGAGGUGAACGACAUGAUUGUGGACAACGCCUCUAUGCAGGCUGUUUCCCGCCCCCAGCAGUUUGACGUGAUGGUCAUGCCUAACCUGUACGGAGGUAUCUUGUCUAACGUUGGUGCUGCCCUCGUUGGUGGACCUGGUCUCGUCCCCGGUUGCAACAUGGGCCGUGACGUCGCUGUCUUUGAGCCCGGUUGCCGUCACGUCGGCCUUGAUAUCAAGGGCAAGGACCAGGCUAACCCGAGCGCCAUGAUUCUUUCCGGCUCCAUGCUUCUGCGCCACCUCGGCUUGGAUGAGCACGCCAACCGCAUCUCCAAGGCUGUUUACGAUGUCAUUGGCGAAGGCCAAACACGGACCCGCGACAUGGGUGGUCAGGCUACCACUCACGAGUUCACCCGUGCUGUUCUGGACAAGAUGGAGGCGUCUUUGUAA